CGCUCUUCCCUCUGCAGGUUAAACAUGGCUGCGCUCUUAAGAUCAGUCCGGCUACUCAAAUAUUCACCUACUGCAUUGCUUCAGGUCAUAGGGAGCAGCAGACAUGGACUAACUGCAAGUCGUCUUCACAGCGGAGCGGUCGGUACUAAAUGUGUAGGGUUUAAUGGCUGUCAGACAGUACCAAGACGGUUCAAUGUAAACAGCCUCUUUUCAUACAGAUCGGCUUUGCCCAGUGCAAGCUGUCGACAUUAUGGAGUUGUCCCAGAGCAGAGGGGACCGUUUAAAGACGAGCCCAGUCUAGCAGUCCGCUCCAAGCAGGCUCAGCAGUUUGACUGGGCUCUGGCGAAACUAGACAGCUCAGUUAGACGGACAGGCAGGGUCACGAAAACACUGCUGCUUCGCAUCUUUCAUGAUAUUUGCAGAACAGGUUAUCCAAGUGGAAAUCAAGCCCUAUUGUUGUUGAGAAGCUGCGGUUCCCUGCUCCCUGAGGUUCCCUUGGCCGAGCGCACAGAGCUAGCGCAACGUAUCUGGGAAAAGCUUCAAGAACUUGGUGCCACAUAUGAUGUGAGCCAUUAUAAUGCCCUGCUCAAGACUUACCUGCAGAAUGAGUUCAAAUUCUCUCCAACUGACUUCCUGGCUAAAAUGGAAGCAGCUAAUGUUCUGCCAAAUAGGGUGACCUAUCAGAGACUCAUUGCUGCAUACUGUCAGGAUGGGGACAUUGAAGGUGCAAGUACUAUUCUGGGCUUUAUGAAGAGCAAAGACCUGCCAAUCACAGAAGCUGUUUUCAACUCUCUAGUGACAGGCCAUGCCCGGGCUGGGGACAUAAACAGCGCUGAAGGCAUCCUGUCAGUCAUGAGAGGGGCGGGAAUUGAACCAGGCCCAGACACGUACCUGUCUCUCCUCAAUGUAUAUGCUGAGAAAGGCGACACUGACAAAGUUAAACAGACUCUAGAGACAGUGGAAAAUGCUGACAUCCAUCUUAUGGACAGAGAUUUGAUGCAGGUGAUUUUCAGUUUGACUAAGGCCGGCCACCAGCAGUACGUGCCUGAGAUUGUGGAGCGCAUGCGUCAUGAGAGAGGAUAUGUACCAGAUGCUAUGAACCUCUGCUUGAGUCUGAUUACCCAGGGACAUGAAGAUACAGCAUUUUCCGUGCUGAAGAGCUUUACCGGCCUGCAAGUAGAGUCACAGACCAGUGAUUCUCCAGACUUAGGAAAUUUCUUUCUUCGCCAUUGCGUCAAUAUGGACAAGUCUGUGGACAAGAUGGCUGGAUUUUGCAAAGAUCUCAAGGAUUCUGGUCUGCACUCUACACCACUGCAGUUCACACUUCAAUGUGCUCUGGAUGCCAAGAAGACUGGUAUGGCUGUUGAGCUCAUGAGGAGGAUGAAGGAGGGAGGUUUGCCUGUCAGACCGCACUAUUUCUGGCCCCUUUUUACUCAACACCAGAAAGACAAGAACAUCCCUGGUAUUCUGGAAACUCUGAGAGGCAUGCAAGAGCUGGAUAUCCCUGCAGAUGUUGAAACUUAUACAUCUUACAUUCUGUCCUGCUUCCCAUCAGUAGACUGUGCCCGCACUGCUCUUAAGGAGGCUGGCUGUGACUUGAACUCUGAUAGCUUGAUUGCGGCAGAAUUACGAAGCGACGCGUCACAUGGAAAUCUUUCAGGCCUGCUCUCUCUGAUGUCUUCAUCCACUCUCCCAGCCAUUGACCUCAGUGCUUUCAGAGCCAGUCUUCUCAUUGGAUUCAGAGGGUUUCAAGAUGUUGAGCUUAUGGCUAAGAUCACAGAAAUUCUUUACAAAGACAGCCGGUUCAAUCGGGUUGACCCAGAGAAUUCGGAAAAUGUGCCCUACUUUCUCUACAAUCUGAUCGAUGCUAUGAGUGAAACAGAAGUGCAGUCCAAGGAAGAGAAGCUUAGGGAAUACUUCAGCCUGCUCAAGAACAUGAACAUCAGCAUAUCUGGGAAUAUCUUCAGAGGAAUCAGGAACAUUCUGGAGUCCUACCAUGUCCCAGAGCUUAUCAAGGAUGUUCUUGCUCUUGUGGAUCGAAAAGAAAAUGGGAUGUUGACUGAUGGGCCUUUAAUUAAACGUGUAGAGGUUAGGAUGACGUUUCUGGAGAAAACCAUGGAAGAGUUGAAAGCUGAGGGAAAGCCUGCUGAUUCCACCCUCAAGAAAAUCAUUGCCAUCCUGUGUGCUGAAGAGAAACUGGAUCGAGCUCUUGAGCUUAAAGCUCAGUAUGAACAGGAUAUGACUCCCGCCUCAUAUGCCAUGCUCAUCAACCUAUGCUGUCGUCAUGACAAUGCUGAGGAAGCACUCAACCUAAAGAGGGAAUUGGCACGCAAGGACUCUGAGGUAGCAUUGGAUGCUCAAAAGUAUGUGGCCUUGGUCCGGGUUCUGUCCAAACAUGGCAAGUUGGAAGAGGCAGUGGACAUGCUGAAGGAGAUGAAGGAAAAGGAGGUGCCCUUAAGGGACAUCACAAUCAAUUUGCUCACCCUCACGAUGAACGCAGCUGCAAUGAAAGGAGAUGCCACCACUAUUCGACGCCUUCAGCAGACCAUCUUCACCCUGGGCCUAGCCAAACCAUCCAGUAACCUCUGCUCACCCCUCAUCACUUGCUAUCUGGAGAGUGGGGACUAUGCUGGUGCGUAUGAUGCUGCUGUGGAGUGCCAUAAGCAAUACAACCAGAUCCCCAAAAUCCAUGACCUCAUCUGCGCCCUGGUGGAAAAGGGAGAUGCUGAGAUGUUACAGAAAGUCAUGGAGUUUUUAAGUCAGGAGCGUGGUGAGAUGAUGAUGCUCUAUGACCUUUACUUUGCCUUCCUGCAGACGGGCCGCUACAAGGAGGCACGAAAAAUCAUAGAGACUCCUGGUCUAAGGGCACGAGCAUCCCGUCUGCAGUGGUUUGCUGAGAAAUGUAUCGCAUCCCAACUGAUGGAGCCCCUGGAGAACAUGGUGGACAUGACUGUGAAGCUGUUUGAGUGUGACAGAGAUGAUAUGUACCACUAUUUGUUCCGUCUCUGCAAGGAAACAAAUGACUGGCGUAAGGCUGAGGCAGCCUGGACUAAAAUGCAGGAAGAGAAUUUGAUUCCCAGAGAGAGGACCCUGCGUUUGCUUGCUGAUAUCCUCAAAAGCAAUAAUCAGGAGGUGCCCUUUGAGGUGCCUGAGGUGUGGUUUGAGGAGGUUAAAGAUCAGCCUGAUAUGUUCUUGGAGCAGGAGAUCAAGCCCAGUCAUAUGAUUCAGACUUCACCUAGUAAAAAGGCCACAGCCUCGCCUCUUAAAGAGGCUACUGUUGAGGACUACAAACUCCGACUUCUGUCUCUCUGCAAGAAGGGCAAAGUUCAAGAGGCCUAUGACAUUUUGAAGAAGGCAGAUAGGAAGGGCAUGGUUCUUGGGGCUGCUCCAUAUGAUGCCCUCAUCAAAGCCUUCUUGGCCUCUGGCAACAUUGAGGAUGCCGUCGCUGUCAAAAACAUUGCCACCAAUCAUAUCGUUGGGUUUAAUUUGAGUGAUAUGGCCAGCAACCUCCUCCUCAUCACUCAGGUGAAGAGAGGCCAGAUGAAAGAUGCCUUGGAUGUUCUUAAGGGGAUGUUACAGGCUGACCAGAUGCCCAGUCAGUUGGCCAUCACUCGACUGGUUCAAGGUUUCGGCAGUGAGGGAAACACAAAGGGCAUCCAGGAAGUGGAAAGCUUUGUCAAGUCGUUAGGUUCCAUCAAGCUAUCCAGCAUGCUGUUUGUCAAUAAUACAGCUCUGUCUCACAUCAAAAAUGGGGAAUUUGACAGUGCGUUGGAGGUGUUGGAGUCUGUUUACACCCAGAACACAGAGAAUCAGAACCCCAGUAUUUCCUUUGUCUUCCGCAAAGUUCUUGAUGCCAACAAUGAUGCUGCGCUGGAUAAAUUGAGUGCCAUGGCGGAAAGGCUCUGCAAUCACUUUGCCUCCUACAGAGCUGCUACAGACCUCUUCCUGAUGUACUUGGACACAGGCAGGGCAGAGGAGGCCAAGUUCCUCUUGCAGCGCUGUGCAGCUGUUGCCGAGCAGAAGGAUGUCAUGUUUGCAUACAUGUUACGAGCAUCGCAGCAGCCGGGAAAGGCUGCUAUAAUCAGGACUCUGGCAGAGUUGGUCCCUGACUUUGCAGAAAAGGAAGCAAUUUAUUCAUAUCUGUUCAAAUGCUAUGGUUUGGAUAAGGACCUGGGGUCAGCGAAAGCAUUGUAUGAGCAGAUGCAGGCUGAGGGGGUAAAGGCAGAUGAGUUAACGCUGAAGAGACUGGCGUUACUUUACAGAGAAGCCGGAGAAACAGUUCCCUUCAAAGAGCCUCCGGAGACGUUUAGGUUUUACGCAGACAAACUGAAGAAGCAGCGCUCCGAGUCUGUGAGUCCUGCAGAUGACUAGAAAACCUCUCUUCUGCUCAUUCUUUAUUAAACUUUUGUUUUUUACAUACAUGGUGUGUGCUAAACUGUGAUUGUUUGUGUUUGUUAAAAUUUGUUCUUGCCCUACAUAAUGACGAUAUGGUGACAAUAUGGUUACCUUGUGUACAUAGGUACUGUAUUUAUGCAAAUAAAUGUAAACACCAACAUUUAUCAACAACUUCUUUUUAAUCUUUCAUUUUCUUUUUAGAAUGGGUGUCAUACAAUAAGUUAUAUGAGUCACAAUAAGUGUUCCUGCGAUGUAGAUUUUGACGUCACAGAAUAGAAACAUAUUCCGGUGAGAUGCAUUGUAGUAUGAUAUAAUGCGGAUCUUUCAUGGAAGAUGAAGUAUUAAGUGUAUACAUAAAAUAGUAAGCUUCUUUACCAGAACGCUUUAUCCAGAUGCUCUGUUAUGUAGUCAUUUAUACUGUAUAAUAAACCUCUCAUUGGAACGAUCAUGGAUCAACUGACAUGCAUCCAGGGUUACAGUAUAUAUGGUAUUUUUCUUUUUUUUCUCAAUCAUGUAUAUUCUGUAGAUUUAGCAGGAUUUAACAUUAGUGCCAAACUUGCUUUAUCUAGAUCUUAAAAUACAAAUGCAUUCUUGGGGUGACUUACAAAAGCUUUUCAAUGUAUCUCUAUUGGAACACACUUUGAUGAGCUGUAAAAUCUUCCAUAUAUUUAAAUCAAUUUAGAAUGUUACAAAGACAAGCAGUUUAUGUAUAUUUACCAAACCCCAGCUCUGAUCUCACCAAAUAGGGGAACAGUCAUUGAAAAAAAUAGAACAUCGCUGCCAUCCAGUGGCAGUUGGAGUCUAAAAACAUUUUGGUUACUAUUGGAGCAUCAACCCUUGUAUUUAGGUGUCUUUCCUAGUCUGGGUUUGAACUUUUACCCUCUUAUUAUGGGGUGAUUAUUUAUCCAGAGUCACAUGCUCACACAAUCAAUAUUCCUCCUCAUGCAAUGUCAUGUAAACAUUUAAAGACAUUUUAGACAUUUGUUGGGAGUAUGUUUCUACAUAAUCCUUUGACCGGCUUCAAACUGUCAAUUUAGUCUCAAAACAUGUAAACAUUAAAUGUUAGCUACUAAGUAAAGUCAAGGUCACUCAGCUCUCUUGUGUUGUUCAAUAUGUCAAAAUUCCAGAUGCAUUCACCUUCAUUUAAAUAUAUAUUUUUCUGUGACCUUCUAAUAACACUGGCCUUCAUUACUGUAACUGUUUAUUGGAACUAUAAUUUUAUAUGGCAUUCAUAUAGGCUUUUUACAUGUUUGUUUGUAUUAGUAAAUCAUUGUUUAAGAGCUUGUGAUCUUGUUGUUGACCGUCUCAAAGUGAGUUUCCUGCGCUGUCAGGAUGCCCAGGAGACUCCGAGAGGUUGAGAAGGCCAUUGGAUUUGUGCAUGUCAUCAGCCAAAUGCAGUCUAUGGGGAAUUGCCGUACUUUUCAAGAGCUCUUUGUUAGCUCAUUAGCAUCUUGAAGUUUUAAAAUUAUA